CAAGUACGGAUUACGCGUGAAGAUAAAUUCUUUAGCUUGCAUGUGAAAGCGGGCCACGUCUAAUCUGGCGUGUCUCGUCAGCUUCGUCUUAAUUUAUUACUGUAACGGACGAUCUGCCCGUCUUAGUCAACUUCAGGGCUCUCUUUUCUAGUGUUAAACCGUAUCAAGCCAUUAUAACGCCUCUCACUCCCUGAUUUCUCAACGGCGCGUCUCUUUACAAAUUACUCUUUUGGACACUUGUCCUCCUUAUUGACCGCGUAUUGUACAAGACUAAAUUUCCAGGCUUUGACGGACGAUUAACUACCGAUAGCGGCGCUUCAACUUCUUGGGGAUCCCUCAGUACAACUAGACAUUUUAUACGCUACGCGACCUGAAGAAAAAGCUAUGGAAAUAGAGCGCGCGAAAGAGCUUCCCGGGGAGCUUCUAUAUAUACAAUACGAACAUUCCCUAGAGGAAAAGUACCUACCCGCUAUCCGGGCCCUGAUUUCGAAGGACCUCAGCGAGCCUUAUAGCAUAUAUGUCUACCGAUAUUUCUUGUACCAAUGGGCUCAUCUGUGCUAUAUGGCCCUCAAUCCUGUCGAUAAAUCUCUUAUGGGCGUCAUCAUUUGCAAGCUCGAACACCAUGCGUCCCACUCCCCUCCCACACAUCGAGGCUAUAUAGCCAUGCUCGCCGUGUCAUCUGCCUUCAGAGGCCACGGAAUAGCGACCGCACUAGUAAAGAUGGCGAUCGAUGCGAUGGCCGAGCGCCACGCCGACGAAAUCGUCUUGGAAACGGAAGAAACAAACAUACCAGCUAUGAGGCUAUACGAAAGGCUAGGGUUUCUACGAUCGAAGAAGCUCCAUCGGUAUUACCUAAAUGGAAACAGCGCCUAUAGGCUUGUAUUGCUCUUAAAGUCGCUAGACCUCGACGCUGGCCAGCAACCUGACUAGUAGUGAGAUGGGCCGCAUCGGUGUAGGAAUUGGAUGUGAAACUUAGAGUGUGACCCGCGGGCGAUAUAUAAACCCCUUGACGGACGAUUACGGAAGACCAGACGACGCAAAAGAGCAUGUUAGGAGACCAGCUUGCGGAAUUCGGAUGGCAUUAGCAUGGAAGGUCGAUGCAUUUAGCGGCGUUAAAGGGACAGCAAGCAAGCAUUGAGAUCCAAUUUGGGUCACGCUCAGAUUAGUGCCUGUACUCCUCAAAGUCUCUGAUUUAGGUAUGCAUGCAGCGAGCUCCCAGUGGUAAAGGGUAGCGAAAAAAUUCAACAAUUUUCUGCGAGGGCCCUUUAUUUAUCUAGUUUCGUCGAUUAUAGCCUUCUUUUCUCCCUUUAAGACUUCUUAAGCAUAGACUUGCUGUCGUAUAUAGAGGCCCUUAUCUCCCAGGGAUUGCCUCGUGCUAUGCCUAGGUAAGUGUACACAUCUAAUCUGGUAAGCAUCAUCUUGUGUGAUCUUGUUCGGAU